GUUCAGCACAGAACUUCCGGUCCCACGUCUCAGCCAUCGCGUCCCGUAAAUAAACUUGGCUUGUGAGACAGCAGGGAGACUCUCCCCGUGCCACCGCCGCCGCCGUCCUCGCCGCGAAGCUCCUUUCCUAGCCCCUCCUCGUGCCGUCGGAGCCGAGGAAACUAAAGCCCGUGCUCUCGUGCCCUUCUAUCCCCUGUCCCAUCCCAGCGAAAGACCGACCAUGUGGCGUCGAGCCGGGCCGAUCCGCCUCCACCUCGCCGCAAUCGCCGGCCGCCGGAUCCGACCACCUCCACAACCCCCUACACCCCAAGCCACCUUCUCUUCGUCCGCCUCCUCUUCAUCCUCUUUCCACCAUAAUCUUGGAGCCUUCCGGGAUUCCAUCGGGGCUCGCUCUCGAAGCUUGUCGAACCAGACUGGCGGCAGCGGCGACGGCGAGUGCUGGAGCUGCGGAGCGAAGGGGGUAUUCCUAUCCUGCGGGUCCUGCAGGAGCGUGCAGCCUGUCGACCCCGCCGUCGACUACUUCCGAAUCUUUGGCCUGGACAGAGGAUACAAUAUAAAGGAUAACAACUUAGAAGGGAAGUACAAAGACUGGCAGAAGAAGUUGCACCCUGACCUUGUUCAUUCUAAAUCUGAGAAAGAGAGAGCUUUUGCUGCUGAGCAGUCAGCACUUGUGAUUGAUGCAUAUCGCACGCUGAGCAAACCUUUACCAAGGGCAUUAUACUUGCUGCAACUUGAGGGGAUACACGUUGAUGAGGAGAAGACUAUAAACGACCAAGAACUUCUUAUGGAGAUGAUGGAGAUACGUGAAUCAGUUAGUGAUUCCAGUGAUUCACAAACUCUGGAGAAGAUCCAAUCUCAGAUGAAGAGGAAGGUCGAAACCUGGUCCAAUUCCUUCCAGGAAGCGUUUGACAAAGGGGAUUUUGAUCGUGCAGUGGAAGCUACACAGAGGAUGAGAUACUAUGAACGUGCAAUGGAAGAAACUGUGAAGAAGCUCUAACCUGAGUGCGCAAUCGCGAUAGAUGGGGACGCUGAUGGAUUUCCCUGCCUUCCUGGAUGGCCUGUGUCACCCUGGUGCUUUUGCCUGUUAAAUAUGAUCUGAAAUGUUUGAAAUCAUACCAGAUGUUUCCUCAUCGUGCUAUAUCGUUGCACUUGAGUCACAGAGCCAGUGCUUGUGGUCUUCCUAUGCUGACGAUCUGCAUUGGCUUUCACUUGGCUCCCUUCCCCCCUCCAAAGAGUAUAGAUAGCUAAUUUGAGAAUAGUAAUGAAGCAUUAGCCGAUCGUUGAGCUGCUUUUUAUAGGAACUGGAUAAGUAGGCGCAGCAGUUGGAUGAGCUAAUCUUGGUGCAUCCACAGGCUAGUGCUGAAGGACCCAGGAAUACACAAGACCGUUUUGGGAUGUCCUAUUUUCCUUUUUUACAUUCCUCUAAUGUAAUCGGAUAAAGUUCUGGGAGACUUAUUUCUAGACCUGGGCUUGGCAAGGGAAAAAUCUGCAUUUCAAUAAAUAGCACAAGGUGAUAGUUCAGUUGCCUUUUGCAUACUAGGAUAAGAACUUCUGAUUACAGUGCAGGGAUUGAGUUAUUAAUUAUUUAUCAUGUUCUGUA